CUGUGCAUCCAGGCAGUACCAACUUAGCAAGACCGGGACUGACACACUAUAGUAUCACAGUUAAUAAAUUGUGUGAUUCCGGAUGGUUUGUGUUGGAAAGCAUGGCUUCAGCUGAAGAGGUUCAGGAGCUGAAGGAGAAGGGAAAUGAGUGUGUGCGGAAUAAGAAAUAUGCAGAAUCUGUUUUUCAUUACACCCAUGCUAUUAAACUGGAUCCCUUCAAUUAUUCUAUAUAUAGCAAUAGGUCACUUGCAUUACUUAAAAUGCAACAGUUCUAUUUUGCAAUUGAAGAUGCCAAAGAAGCAAUAAGGCUGAAGCCAGACUGGGCAAAGGGUUACUUUCGGAAGGCUGAGGUGGAGUUUUCUACCUUCCGCUUUUCAGAUGCUCUAAUAUCUUAUGGUCAUGCUUUAAAACUGCAGCCCAAUGACCCAAGUAUAUUAGAAGCUAUAGUGAAGACAUCCAAAGAGAGGCAGAAAGAUAGAAGAGCUGAUGAUCAAAUCCCAUGGCUUGGAGCUGGUGUUGGCAUCAUCAUGGGAGUUAUCAUUGUGAUAGCUGAUAAUAUUCUAACCCAUAAACCAACUUUAGUGCAUCCUAUUCUGAUGGCGUUGCUGACUGUUGCCGUAGCUGCCAUUGGUUAUGGAGUUGCGCGAGGCUUGCGUUACUAUAUGAAAUGCCAAAGAGAAGCAUUGUUGGAGCCCCCAUUGGAUUUUCUUCGAGAUGAUAAGGAAUCCCAGUCUGUUGACACAAAUGACACUGUUAAAGAGGAAAAAACAUAUCAAUCGUACACUAAAGCUCAAGCUCGGCAUAGGUUCAAGAAAGGAAAGAGUUGAGGUGAAGAGAAGAGAAGAUGAUCACAAAAGCUUCAGCCUUCAGCAUUUAUUGAUGAAAUAAAAUUCAGCUGACCAGACUCAUGUUUAACCAUACUACUACUGAUGGUCGUCAGAAUGAAGCAUGACUGAAACAUUUUGUACAUAGGGUUCAAUUUUCUGUGGCCAAACGUUCAGAACACUGUUGCUAUCAAAAUAAAAUGCUGUUAAGGUA